UACCAGCACCGUUAUGUCCGGGCGCUAUGGCGAUAAUGGAAGAAGAGUCCACCACAUUCGCCUAUAUAGGCCGGACAGCCGCCGCGAUACCCACAACAAUGCGAAGCGAAGAAACACAGAACCACUUUUUGGGCAAUCGUGGUGGUGUGUAUACAACGUAUCACAAAACACUGGUCUUGGCAUACAGGGGGUCAUCUGAUGUUUAAACUUCCAUCACCUCAAACGCUGAUGAGAAAAAAAAGUUGCUCUCACCCGGGGAACCCCCGAGCGUGGGGACAUGAAAAGGCAUUCCAUCCAUUCGCCUUCUGCCGCCUCUAUUCUGAGCGUUUCAUCUCAUCCCUCAACCAAGCCCUCUGGACCAUCCCAACCCAUCCCGCAGGCGCGGAUGAUGACGGGAGAAACAUCCCGUCUUGUCGGACCAAUGUAGCCGUGAUGUGGAAACCGAGGCAAGAUUUGUCUUCUGUUUUCUUUAGCCUAAGCUCCACAAGCACACCCUAUACUAACUCCACAAAACAGAAUUAUGGUAUCAAAGGGUGUCGUUUCUUUCCAGUAGUAUAUCAAAUCACGGUUUUCCCCCACCUCCAUACAAUAUACCCCCUCCCUCCCCUCCAACUUUUUCUUAUAAAAGGGGUUUUUUUAGUGUUUUUUUUUUAAAGCGUUUCACUCAUGAAUCGGCCGUCAGUCAUCCCACCCACCCACCCACCUUUACCUUACUCGCAUGCCCGCCGCAUACAAGUA